AUGGAGAACCGCAGAAAGAAGUUAAGUUUAAACCGUAACAGAGGAAAGAAUAAAAAGCAGGAAUCAAAGGAUGUCUUCAUUUUGGAACCAUCUACAAUAGUGAGCUAUCGUGACUGUGAACGUGAUGAGACUAAUAAGACUGUGAAUGUAGCUGAGAAUAAAUCAUCACUCUGUGAGAUAAGAGAUAAAGAUACAUCAUCCACAGAAAGGCUUUUAUCAACAUUGAAUUGGUUAGACAAAUCUGAAAUUGUAAAUUGGUCUGAAAUUCCAAAUGAAAUGGAAUGUGCUGAAAAACAGGAAAUCCAAGACUUGCCAAUUGAAGAAAACUGGGUUCCAAUACCAAAAGGAUGCAUACAUUGCAUGAUGAACCGAAAAGUGCAGUGGGAUCCAUGGGAAAACUGGGAUACACAGGAAGCAAUCAAGGAUUGUUGUAAUAUGCAGAAUAAAGCAGUGGUGUAUACAAGGAAACUUACAUCACAGAGUGAGAGUAAAUCUAAUACCUGCCUGAAAAAAUCUAUGACUACUGGAACAAGAAUGCUACAGAAUAUAAAUGAACAAGUACACAACAUUCUGCCAAUAAAAAAAAUUAGAACAACAUCAACUGAUAAUGAAAACAAUGAUGACGUCGUGGUAAAAUAUGAUGAAGAAAUGAAAACAAAACAUAGCACUUUUGAUAAAAUUUCCACACCAAGUCAGAAGCAAAAAAAACCUCUCUUUAAGAGUAAACCAAAUAAAGGCUUGAAUGCUAGUAGCUGUUAUACUGGAGCUAUCACUCAGUAUAUGAUGAAAGGGAGCAAGAAACACAAAGAUAAUAUACCAGAAGAUGACAAGAAUCCGUCACAAAAUACAGGUUCACAAGAUGCUUUGAAAUGCUGUCCACUUUGUACAAUUGAUUUUGAACCUGG